GUGACGUGCUAAUAAUGGAUGAGUAUGGCUACAUGUUCUUCCGGGACCGCACCGGAGACACUUUUCGCUGGAAGGGCGAGAACGUCUCCACGACAGAGUUGGAGGGGACACUAAGUCGCAUUCUCAGCAUGACUGAUGUUGUGGUUUAUGGAGUGGAGGUGCCAGGAACGGAAGGGAAGGCCGGAAUGGCAGCCAUCGUCGACCCAGACCACUCCUAUGACCUGGUGACCUUUGCGGAAGAAAUGAAGAAGGAGCUACCUGCGUAUGCCCGACCUAUUUUCCUGCGACUGCUUCCAGAAGUGCAUAAGACAAGCACCUUCAAGUUCCAGAAAACGGAGCUGCGCAAGGAAGGCUACAACAUCUCUGUGGUGAAGGACAAGUUGUAUUACCUGGAGCCGAGGCGAUGCCGGUACCUUCCGUUGACCGAGGAGGUCUACAAGAGGAUCCAGUUGGGACUGGAGAAACUGUAAACCAGCCGCUGCUCUUCUUGUGGCUUCAGUGCCUCCUCCUGAGGUGGGAGAGGACGCGGAACGCCAGAAAGGGUUAAAAAAUUAAGGAAAAAGGCACAGUACAUGAGUUUUUUAAACCACAAAAAAAACCAUUCAUCAAGUUUUACAGAGGACCAUGACAUACGAUUUAGGGAGAUAGCGGACGGAGAAGGUUGCAUACCAAAGCAUAAAAAAAAAGAUUACGGCUUUAUUUUCUGUUUCAUGUAAAUGGUGACCGUUGGGAUGGGUGAGGUGGGAUGGUGGGGGGGAGCAUGGCAUUUCCCAUCCCACUGGGAUGAGUGCGGUGGGGGGUCAGUCUGCCCUCUUCCUGGUUUGACCCCCAAAGCCAGGGAGACCAGCAAGGGCUGUGCUGAUUUGUGGUGCCUCUAGGGGGCACUGUGGUGCUUUCUUUCCCUCCCAAUCAGGCAGUUGUGGCUGAAACUUGGAUAGCUUGUUGAAAGCUUAUCCAAAUGUUUUCCAAGGGCCAUCCUGGGAAAACCAAAAAAGAAUUUUAAAAAAGUUGUGGAUUCUUUUUUGAUGGGAAGGUUUGUCUCCUUCCCGUUGGCUGCUAAAAUGUUAUCACUAACGUGGACUGGGUGGGAAGGGGGUGGGGAUGAUGGGAACAUUUGUCUGCCAUGACUUGACCAGGUUUUUUUUCCCCCAGGGAUUUUCCCACCCUGUUUUCACAGUUGGACUAUUUUUUUAUUCUGCCAGUGUGUUAUAAUUUAUUGCUUUUUUUAAAAAGAAAUGAUCCACUGCAAGAUAAGUACAAACUGGCUGGAUUUCUUCAUCCGGUUCUGUUGUCUUGCUGGCAGCACCUGAUUUGCGUCUGUUGUACGUAAACACGGCUGUCUUCAUUCCGCUGCUUCCUAUGGAGGGCCUUUUUAGAAGGUCAGAGGCAAAAGGUGUUUCUGUGGUCAGUUCUUGAGAACUGCACGCUCAGCAACUGUGUCCCCCCUGGAAACUCACCCCCUUCUAUAAGUGUUCCUCGCUGACGCUUAAGCCUCCUGGGCUUUCUGAAAGGUGAAGACUUGUGCAUUU